GCGCCUGUAAAAUAAAAUAUGUGGCCAUAUUUUAUCCUACAACGGCAACUUGGGUCAUGUGAGCGUGAAGACAAUACUUCAUUCUAGCUGUCGUUUCCCGUACAGAUAAAUAAAACAGUCCUGGGAGGUGUGGCCAUGAGCGGAGCCAAAAUGGCACUGUCAGGAUCCCAGUUUCACACUUUUAGCAGUGAUUCUUCAGAACAGCUAGUUUGCUAACUUAGCUGCCUGAACAAAACAAAAAAAAACAACAACAACAACAACGCGGAACUACGACAGAGCCGGGAGGACAGCAGAAUAUGGCAGAGCAUGAACCGCAGCAGGGGGAGCAGGACCUUGAAAAGAAAAUCGAGGAGACCAGACAGAGAUUCAACAAUGAGUUACUCCAAGACUCAACAGACAAGUAUGACUCCAGGGAUGUGGAGAAGUUUCAGCAGGACGAUGCUCUGGUGGAAGCCUACCUCACAUGGAGACUGUAUGUUGUUGACGACGCCUUGAAGAUGAUAGAUGAAAGUCUACUCUGGAGAAAAGAGUUUGGUAUAAAUGAUGUUAGCGAGAGCACCAUUCCCAGGUGGAUGUUUGAGACCGGUGCCGUCUACCUCCAUGGCUACGACAAAGAAGGAAACAAACUCUUCUGGUUUAAGGUGAAGCUGCACAUCAAGGAUGCAAAGUCAGUCGUGGACAAGAAGAAGUAUGUCGCCUUCUGGCUGGAGCGGUAUGCAAAGAAGGAACCUGGGAUGCUUCUCACUGUUGUGUUCGACAUGACGGAUUCUGGCAUUAGCAAUAUUGACAUGGACUUUGUAAAGUAUGUCAUCAAUUGCUUCAAAGUGUACUAUCCAAAGUUUUUAUCCAAAAUGAUCAUAGUGGACAUGCCUUGGAUCAUGAACGCUGCGUGGAAGAUUGUCAAGUCCUGGUUGGGUCCGGAAGCCAUCGCCAAGCUGAAGUUUGCAUCCAAAGCUGAGGUCCAGACAUUUAUUGGUCCAGAAUUCCUCCCGCCUCACUUGGGUGGAACGGAUCCCUUCACGUAUACCUACCCACCGCUUCCAGACGAUGACUUUCAAACACCGCUGUGUGAGAAUGGGCCGAUCAUCAGCGAGGAUGACAUGGAGAGCAAAGAGGGUGAAAUGGAGAGCAGAGAUACCCUCGAGUCCAGCUUCAAUUCUGAGAUGGCAAAGCCCAAAAAGGUCAAUUUUCUAGAAGACAGCUUGAGGUCAGAGGAUGGUGAAAGAGACACAAACAUGAGGGUGAAAAGAGUCAGGAAUCCACAGACCACUUUCAAAGGUCUUCUGCUAGAUGUUAGUCCUGCCGAGGAGCUGAGCUUUGGUUCCGGAGAGAAUGAGAGGAAAUGCCUCAUUAUUCUGAGCAACGUCACCAAAAAUCAGGUGGCCUUUAAGGUUCGUACCACAGCACCUGAGAAGUACAGAGUGAAACCCAGCAGCAGCAGUUGUGAACCAGGGGCCUCGGUGGAUAUAGUGGUGUCCCUACAUGGAGGUUCCCAGGCCUCUCCACAAGACAGAUUUUUGAUCAUGGCCGCAGAAAUGGAGAACGCCGGAUCGCAGGAACUCGCUCAGUUCUGGAAAGAAGUCCCAAAAAACAAGGUCAUGGAACACCGAUUGCAUUGUCAUGUUCAGGAUAGUGUUAAACCAGCAGCCAACUCUCGGAGAGACAGCCUGGUGGAAACGUCGACCAGUGGGCAGCAGGAGUUGAACACAGCGCUUAUGCGAGUGAUGGUCUGCAACUCUCGUCUGGAGCAGAAAAUGAACUCGUGUCUGUGGGUGCAGAAGGUUCUCACUGGGUUGGUGCUGGUCCUCCUAGUGCUGAACUUGCAGUGUCUCUACCUGCUGGGUACAGCUCAGCGACCGUGCUGACCUGCCGCAGCACCCUCCGCCUGCGUCUGUCAGCCCUAGAGGAGGUGCUGACGAUUUCAGCUGGGCUACAGUUGACCACCUGAUGGGACGCUGGUCCUGUGCUCCACCGGCCCAGUUUCAACUGGCUGCUGUCUCGGAGAGGAGCAUAGAUGACAAUUCGGGACACGUCAGUCAAUGUGGAGCUAAUAUAUGAGGAGAGAUUGUUCCACUGUCUUCUCAGUUAAUGUAACAGAGACAAUUGUAGAUUCUUUCAUGGCUGAUCAUGAAAACAUAAUUUAAAUUAAUAAAAUUUAUUAAACUUUGUUGGAAAGAUUAGUCAUAUUGAGCAUCAUGUAGAUUUUUUGUAAUGUAUAAAUUUACAAACAAAUCCAUUUAAUCCUACACAAUAUAAAAUAAACCCUUUUUAUUCAA